AUCAAAUCGAGAGGGAGUGGCACGGAGGAGAGACGAGCGAGGUGUUAACUAAAACAGGUUUUACUGUAAUUUUAUCAUGACUGAAAAUAUGCAAUUUUCUCACCUAAAACCUGUAAAUGACAAAGUCAAUAACAAUGUCUUUACUACUAUAGAUGUUAGGUCGACCUCUUGAGUUCACUACUGUGAUAAGGAACAUAAAUGUGGACUCUUGACAGUGUAGGCUAAUAGUUUAUGUACUAAAACUGGACGUAGGUACCUGCGUCGUGCCAGAAAAAUGAAGGACCAAAACAAUGAAGAUUACGGCAGUAAACCAUUGGCAUUGCCCUUCAUUGCUAUAGAAAGAAACGAAGAUUUAAACCCUGAAACCGACUUCAAGUUUGGAUGGGGACAUCUAACUCCAUUAUGUCUACAGCGAUUCAACAAAACGCCAUACUUCCUUGCGUGUCUGGGUGUGGGAAACUUAGCAUUAUCAAUGGCAGUAAAUGGACAAUUAGGUGUGAGCCUGCCUAGUAUUGAGAUGAAAUUCCAACUAAGCAGUACUCUCAGUGGUGUGAUUUACAGCGCAUAUGAUAUGGCAAAUGCCCCAGUCUCUUUACUUGUUACAAUAUUUCUUUCGAAAGCCCACCGACCAAGAUGGUUAGCGUUGGCAGCGCUUAUAACAGCUUUGGGAUCGUUUAUAUUCACGUUACCCCACUUUCUGUCACCGCUGUAUGACUAUAGUGAUGGUGAAUCAGUCGAUAACACAUUACUGUGUAGUGGUACAACUACCAACCACAGCAAUACAACUAAUAUGUGUGACUAUGGUCAGAGUUCCUCCAGAGGCAAUGGACUGUCAAUAUAUUUCUGGUUGUUCGUUCUCGGGAAUGUCUUACAUGGUCUAGGAUCAACCUGCAUUCACGCACUGGGAGUAACGUUCCUGGAUGACACAACCCCUACCUCAUCAUUUUCGUUAUAUUUCUCAAUAUAUGCAUGUCUGGGAGUGAUAGGGCCUUGUUUAGGUUUCAUUGGUGGCGGUAUGCUUCUAGGAAUAUAUACAGAUUUUGACAGAGUGCAAACCGACAGUGUUACAAUAAAUCAGUCCGACAGUCGCUGGGUUGGUGCAUGGUGGUUGGGAUUUCUGCUGACGGCUUUCCUUUCUCUUCUCGUGGCCUUGCCGCUUUCGGCAUUCCCUAGGGAUUUACCAGGAGCUGCAGCAAUACGAGCAUCACGGCAGUCAGAGAGCCAUGGAGCCUCAUCACACACAAAGAGUGAUGUUGGCUUUGGAGUUCCUCUGAAACAAGUUCCAAAGACGUUCAUCGAGCUGAUGAGGAAUCCCCCUUAUGUAAGCAGUAUCUUUGUGGAUGUUUUCAAUUCUGUUCUUGUGGCUGGGUUCUCGGCGUUCGGACCAAAAUUAAUGAAGAAUCAAUUCCAUCUCAGUAGCAGCAUGGCUGGUAUGGUAUUCGGUUUAAUCGCUGUGCCGGGUGCAGCAGGUGGAGACAUAUUUGGAGGAAUUCUUAUAAAGAAGCUGAAGUUGUCGUGCAGGGGUUUACUCAAGUUGGUGUUCAUAUUGAAUUUCAUCACAGUAUUCUGCACUCUCCCUUGCAUCAUUUACUGUGACACAAUCCCCUUAGUAGGGGUAAACACUGGCUACAAUGGAAGUACGCUUGUUUCUAUGAAGAAUACGUGCAAUGAUGCGUGUUCGUGUCAUUCAACAUAUAAUCCAAUAUGUGGGGACGAUGGAAAUGUUUAUUUUUCUCCCUGCCAUGCUGGCUGCAAAAGUUCUGAUGUCGAAUCAUUGAAUUAUUCGAAUUGUUCAUGUGUGGAUUCUAUGAGCCAACGAGCAAGUGUUGAGGAGGCUUGUGUGACAUGGUGUCCCGCGAUGUUCGCCUUUAUCAUAUUUCUAUUCUUCAAUAUGUUCUUCCUGUUUGCCACUCACGUUGCCGGAACCCAAGCCAACAUGAGGUAUGUUAAAGAGACCCAUAGAUUGUUCUCUAUGGGGAUACGUGCCACACUCAUCCGUGUCCUUGGAACAAUACCAGGUACGGUUCUCUUUGGUGCCGUUCUCGAUCACACUUGUACUCUUUGGCAAUCUCAGUGCGGCUCAGAUACUUCGUGUUUAGUAUAUGACAAUGCUCAAAUGGGACUAAAUGUGAUGCUCUUAGCACUCACGUUAAAGAUACUAAGCACAUUAUCUAGUUUAGUGGCUUGGAGGAGUUAUCGUCCUCCGCAACCAACCAUACUAUCUCAGUAUUCGUUAAGACGUUCCAGGAGCAGAGAGUAUACAAAAGAGAGAUUUAUAGAAGAGAAUGGUGAACGACUUUCGCCACUUUUACAAGCCAAACUAAAUGGAAGGUUUGGGGAGAGUGAUGUUAUCAAAUGAUACACAUACCAUUGUAUUUUGUUAAAGUGGCAAUUGUUAUCUUCCAUAUCAUCCAGAAAUAUCACAAUAUACAAUAAAAAAUACCACAAGCUAAACAAUAUUUUAG